AUGGAGGCUGAGCUGGCCGAGAAAGGCACCAACCUGCAGCUUUGGGCGACCGAGGCGCUAGACGCCGGGGAGAAGCUGGCCGAGGCCCGGUCGCGGUGCACUGCUCUGGAGGCCGAGCGGUCUCGCGCCGCCGAGGGAGCCGAAGCGUGGCGCCAGGCUUACGAAGAGGAGGCGGCUCGCCGGCAGGAGACGGCACGGCGACAGAGGAUGGCCGAGAGGCUCGCCCAAGGGAAGAGCCAGGCGUGCGAGUACGAGCGGGCGCGCAGAUUCCGUGCCGAGGAGGCCUUGGCGGGGAGCCGCGCGGACGUCGACGUCGACAACUUGUGGGCGUGGAUCGACGGCCUGUCGGCAUGGAUCGACCGCCUGACGACGAACCUCGAGCUGGGGGCCACGACCGCCGAGAUCCUGCGGGCCCGCGUCGACGAACUCGAGGCUGCCGCAGAGACGGGGGGCGAGGCAGGAGUAGGCACCGCGGACUUUGUCACGGAGCCACGCGCCGCUGGGGACGAUGAGACCGAACGGGCGGUCCCGCCGCCCUCGCGCGAGCCCGGCGGGGAGCCCGAGGAGAUCAGCCUCGGGGAGCAUCGCGCCCUGGGCGAAGCCGCGGCUGCCUCGGGCCUGGCGCCGGGAGCGGGCGACGAUGGCGACGACGAUGCGGGG